CCUCCACCCGGUCCCAGGCUUCUUCCCCUUGCUGGGGAAGAGGAGGAGGAGUGGGCUGGCUUGUGGACAGGAGGCAGGGGCUGCCAUGUUUGGCCUUGGGGCCAGCCCCCUUUUCCCCGAUGCCGGAUCCUGGUGGCGUGACCCCCCGCCUCUAGCCUCUGCAGACUCCCCAUGGAACGUGGCUGAAAUCACUGCUUGGCAGAAACAUCUGGAAGAGGAACGAGAGCUGAGCCCCUUGGAAAGAGACAGCACGGAACUCCUGGAAGCAGAGGACCCUGAGCUGGAGGCCAUCAAGGCCAAGAUUCGGGAGAUGGAGAAGGAGGACGAGAGAUUCCAAGGCCUGCAGACAGAUGCGAAGCAGUUCAUCCUGGGCACAGAGGCAGGUCUUCCUUUCUCCAGCCUGACAGAAGACAAAGUUGAAGCUGACCAGCGCUCCAUCUAUGUGGGAAAUGUGGAUUAUGGGGGAACGGCAGAAGAGCUGGAGUCCCACUUCAACAGCUGCGGGGAGAUCAACCGAGUCACCAUCCUUUGUGACAAGUUCUCUGGCCACCCCAAAGGGCACAGAGCGUUUGCCCAGGAGAACAAAAUUCUGCGUUAUCCAGAAGGUCGCACCACCUUCCGGGGGAGAAUCAUCAAGGUGCUUCCCAAAAGGACCAACAUGCCCGGCAUCAGCACCACUGACCGUGGAGGCUACCGGGGCCGUUUCCACAGCCGAGGGGGUCUGCCCCAGCGGGCUGGAUUCUGCAGAGGACCGCGUUCAAGGCCGCAUGGAAGGCUGUACAGGGGCCGUGGAAGGAUGCCAAAUUGGUACGUACCCUACUAGGUGUUGGAGCUGAGAUGACCCAGGAACUGCUACGGGACAAAACUUGCAAGGGAAAGAUGGAGCCGAAAUUGGAGAACUGACCUAAGCAAAGACUAUUUUAAUUCAUUAUUUGGGGGAGAUUUGUGGGGAGUUCUCUGCUCCUCUUUUGGCUGCCGCAAAGAAGAUGGGCCACUUCGGCAAAGGAGUCCUUUGGGGGCGGGGAGGCAAUUGUUCUUGGUGUCGUGGCUACUCCUGGAUUGCCCUGCCAGGUGGAUACAGAAAUAACUUUUCUGACUCUCGUUUUUGCCAAGAUUGGCCACAUUUGGGGGUAGACCUGUUUGAAUUCUCUUGACAGCAGAGGAGGAAAGCAGGCCCCAUCGGAGCCUGAAUUCCCCACUCUGGGAUCCAGAUGUGCCAAACACAACUGCUUCCACUUGCGGGCUCACUGCUGGGAUCCAGCUGAUACUGGCACUGCUCUCUGGGUCAGGGCCAUUAUGGAGGGCUGGAGGUGCAGGGAAGGCCGUCUUCUGAUAAGGACCAAAAUCCUUCCUUGGAGCUGGUUCCAUUCCUUCUGUCUCCUCCAACUCUUUGGGUAGAGAAGGGAUGUUGAGCAUUUUAAGGGUCCAUAUGCCCUAGAUCCUCUUCUCUUAUUGCCGUUCCCAGUUGUGUGGAAGGGCGUGGGCAUGCUCUCAACCGCCAGCCCCCUUUAACUGUCCUGGCCGCCGUUUGAGGGAUCUUUUGUUCAGUAAGAUGGCUGGAGAUCCGUAACCCUCUCAUGGGGUGGGGGUGGUGGCUCUCAGACCUCCCCAGCCCAGGCCACAAGAGUUAAACUGGGGAACCCAGAUGAUGAUUGCAGCAUGGAGGUCCUAUGUAGCUGUACUCAGCUCUGACAUUUUGUGCAAUGCCUGGCUUGUCCCCCUUUUCGCCAUGGCAUGGGGGUUGUUUCUGGCAGCUGGCAGCCCAUGGGGACUGUGAGCUUCUUGCCUCUCCUCCUUUGAGCUCUGCCUUCUGGGGUCUCAGUCUUAGCAUUUGUCUUAAGUCACCUCUGCAGUUUGGAAAGAGCUGUGAAAUACAGGCUAAGAUGGACCAGCCCAGUGGAAGCUGGGAGGAGGAGGAGGAGGAGGGAGAAAUCUCAUUUGUCCUUUUUAUGCAUGUCGGGCAGUCAUUCCUGUCAUAACCCCCCCCUUUUUUUAAAGGUUGCCUCAAGUAAAAUAUGAGUUUUUAGUUGUUACAUUCAUCUACUCCAUUUUCUGUUCACAUGUUCCAUCUACCCAAGCUUGACAGAAGAGCUAAUCCAAAUGCAUUUUUAUGCAUCCUUAAAAGGGAAACUCGCCAGAUCGAAAAACCCGUAUCCUGAAAUCCAUUAAUAGCUUGUAAAAGAAGGGGAAAUACCCUUCUUACCACCUUGUCUUGUGGACUGCACUUUUCCUGACCAUUUUAGUUUUCCUUCACUUUUUUUUACUCUUCCUGCCAAUGAACGUAAAAAGUCUGUCAAAUUCUAAUCUGAGGACUCUUUUUGCUCAAGCACGAGAAUCACAGGACGGGGGCAUGCGUGCCGGGUGACGAUUUCAUGGGCAGGAUGAAAAAUAACCAUUUCUCUGGCGAUCUAAAAAAAAAUUAUUCCCGAGUGACUGAAAAAAAAAGGGAGGAGGGGGGUUAAGGGCUGGAAGGCUGUUCUGGUGCAAACCCUGUGAAAAUGCGUGACUAGGAAUCACGGUUAAUUUUGACGGGGCUUGCACAGGAAAGGGGGGCAGAGAGACACGGCCCGUAAUGAGCGGAAAAAAGUUCAGACAGAGCAGAGAAUUUUAAGUAUCUGUGUUCUGUGCCUCUCCGGACAGAGAAUGCAGUUUCUGUGAAAGCUGUCUUUGUAAGAUGUCAAUAUUUUUUACAAAAUAAAUUAUUCUGUUGCUUAAACAAAA